CGGCGGCGGCGGCGGCAGGAGCAACGGCGGCGGAGCGGCGGCGGCGGCGGGCUCCCCCUGCAGCCCGGCCGGGCAUAACAGUUUUCCAAGCUCCUUGAGCAUCUAGAGAUGUUGAUAGGAUGUUAUGCAUUUCUCCCUCCAAAGGCUGGAUAAGCGUAGAAGGUAGUAACAUACUCCUGAACCCUAUAAGGUCCCUUUCAGAAGGCACAGGUAGAAGUCCAGAUAACAGGACAGUCCAUGCGUAUUCAGGUAUGACUUUUUUAAGGGCUUGUAUGCUUUUCAGAAUGGUGCUUGGCCAAAAACAAAACUGAUCAGAGUUCAUACUCUUUUAGCCAGGCCGUCAGCAUGCCUGUCCUACUAGCUGCUGUCUUUGCCACUAAACGUUUACAUUCUUCAUUUUUUUGGAGUUGGUAGGUUACGUGUUCUUAUUUCAUUUUCAAGUAAGAAGCAUUUUUUCUUGUUUUGUUAAAUACAGUUGACAUACCAACCUAAAUACCCAUACUGAAACGACAGUAACAACUUCUUUAUUAGCAUUGUCUACUCUAAUCACUGAGAUAUAAGUUGUCAAAGAAAUUUUUGAAAAUGCUUCCUACCCAAGUAUUCCAGAACCUGGAACAGUCUUUAUAAAAAUUCUUUCCACAGUUGCUCACUAAUCAGAGUUAAGUACUAGAUGAAAGAGUGAAAAAAAAAAAAAAAAAAAAAAGAAUUUCCAAAGCUGAUAAUGAGUGGAGCCUUUGAUAACUUUUCCUGUUGUAAGUAGUUCUGUAAGCAGCAGAGUAGUGAAAGCCAACUUUCAAUGAACAUGUCUUGAAAUCUAGCUUCUGUAUAGAUUACCUGAUGCCUAAAAGGGUUAUGGUGCAAUCUUUGUGAGGUUUUUAGCAGGAUUUCUAUCCAACUGCCUGUUUUCAUGAAAUUUCUAGGAACUCUUAAAGCUCUCUAGGUGUGUGUUAGAUUUUGUUGGAUGUAUUAGCAUGCAGAAGGAAGGCAAGUUUGUGCAUCUUCCAUGCCCUUACUCCGUACCAGCUUCAUGUUUAAUUUGAUUGAAUAUGCCCAAUUUUCUCAGGUAAAUAAGGUGGUUCUGACUUAUGUAAGGGAAAAGUCUUAAUGUGAGGACUGUCCAGCACUGUAACAGGUUGCUGAGAGAGGUUGUCAGAUCUUUGUCCUUGGAGGUUUUCAAGAUGUGACUGGACAAGAUGUUGAGUAACUUGAUUGCAAUACAUUGCUGACCCUGCUUUGAAUAGGAGAUUGGGCUUGGUGACCUCCUGAGGUCCCCUCCAAUAGGAGUUUAAUGUUAAGAAAUAAGGCUGAAAGGAGGGCAGACAUGAGAUUUUGUUGUUCUGAUGUUUUUUCCUUUUUUGCCCCACUUCCAAGAAGUGACAUUAUUAAUAUGUUCACAGGUAGAGAAAUUAUGGCCCCAGUUACUUGGGGAACUAAAAGUGUUUGUGUUUGACUUGUAUAAGGCACUGUCCAGACUUCUGUGUUGCUAUUUAGUAUUAAAAUGCUACUGUAUUAUUGAAUAGGAAAGAGUUAUGGUUGUGAUGGUGUUUGAAAUGCUGAACGUAGUUCCAUGUUACAUAUGUUGCAGAAGUGAAGUGAACCUUCAGUGUUACAUAAAGCUCCAAUUGGAUAUACCGUUAUGGAGAUACUAUUUAAAACAACAGUAGAUGUAGGAAUAGAUUGAUGGAUGAAGAUGCCACUGAGAAAUAGUUGAAUGAACUGUUUAGGUUGAAAGUGAGUUUGGCUUAGGGCAUCAGCUGCUCCAAUAAUAUCUCAUUUUGCUAAUGAUCUGCUUCUGGUUCUGUGUAAAAGCUACUGCUUCUGGAAACUCAGUGGCUUAUCAAUUUUUUGAAGAUACAUUAAAAUUUUUGGAAAGUAGGUAGAUGAUUACCUUCUAGUAGCAAAAGUGAUAAGAGGACUGAGACUCAUGAGCUAGGGGAACUCUGACUUAAUUUUGCUGCAGUGCUCUUGUGUUGAAUGUGCUUACUGAAAAUGGGAUGUAUACCAACAAAAGGUUGACUGCAGUUCCAUGCAUGGAAAUUAAGUGUAAGCUAAGGCUUGAAGAAUAUCCAAAAUACAAGAGAAAUAAAUUAGAAGUUAAAAAAAUAAAUGGGUAAUAAACUGUUACUAGAAUAUCAAACUGAAGGCUUGAAGAAAUGAGCUUAGAAGGCUGAAAUUGCUUGACUCCUUCAAUAAGGCCUUGCUCGUCUAAUGGGUACAGAGUUUAUCAGAUGAAUAACUUUGUACCCUACUCCCAGGCAGUUUGUUUAAAGACAAGUUGAAUAACAUCAUAGAUGAUACAGAGACUUGCAUCUUUUUGGACUGAAGACAAACUACUUGAAAACUGAAAAAUAAGUCAUCUUUCAUCAAGAUUCUUGGGUUUUGUUCCAUGUUUGUGUUUCUUCCUCUGGGAUUAAUGAAUUUUAUUUCAGAAAGGUUGCUGGUUAAGAAAACACUGAAAUACAUGGAUAUAACAUACUGUACUGCUUUUGUAGACUAAUUUUUUGUUUUGUGAGAUAGACUUACCUCAAGAGAUGACUGCUUCAUCUUCAAUAGAAUCAACGUAUCAAAGGAUUGAGAUGGAAGAACUGUUCUCAGUGGAAUCUAACAUUGAACCACAUCUCCCUCUCCUGACGUUCUUCUUCAACACCUAUGCCAAUGGUAUCAGAAUGUCUUCCAGAUUUUUACCAAUGAAAAAGAGUAGAAAACAAGACUAGCAUCUGUCAAAUGGGGCUCCCUCUCCAUUUCUAUCUACAUACCUUUCCUCUGGGGGGAGAAGAAGAGGAGAAUAGCAUGAAAAGUGCAAAAUGUUUCAAAUUCCUGUUCAAAAUCUUGAUAAUAUCAGGAAGGCUCGAAAAAAGGUGAAGGGCAUUCUUGUGGAUAUUGGGCUUGACAGCUGCAGGGAAUUGUUGAAGAAUCUUAAAAGUUUUGACCCAGGUGAAAAAUACUUUUUCAACACUUCAUGGAGUGAUGUCUCCCCUUGGGAGUCUGUGGGCAAAAGAAAGAGAUACAGAACAAAGCCGUACUGCUGUAGCUUAUGCAAGUUCUCUUCAAAAUUGCUUACUUCAUUCAAGAAUCACUUGCACCGUUACCAUGAAGAUGAAAUGGACCAGGAGUUGGUGGUUCCUUGCCCAAAAUGUGCAUUUGCUUCUGAUCCCAAAAUAGUGGGAAAACACAUCCGGAUGUUUCAUUCAUCUAAUAAGAGAAUACAGAACUAUACAGUCAGCAUUUUGGAUGGCAUGAAACAAUUUAGGAGUGACAUCAUAAACUUUACAUGUCUAAAAUGUCACUUUACGGACACACUAUAUUACAAUAUGAAGAAACAUGUGCUGAUGAACCAUUUUCAAAAUCUAAUAAGUACCUAUUUUGGCCAGAGACCUGAUGAAAGUGAAGAGAAUUCUGUUGAGCACUACUGUAAGAAGUGCAAUGCUUCAGCAAACAGCCAAGAUUCUUUAAUGUAUCAUGUCUUGACAGCUGAAACCCACAGAGACCUGGAGAACAAACUUCGUUCUGUGAUUUCAGAACAUAUUAAGAAACCAGGACUUGUGAAACAAAUGCAUAUUGCUCCGAAGCCUCCCCCACCUAUGGCUGUGGCUGCUCCGCCUUUAGGGCCAGCCACUGCCCCAGCAGGUUCCAUUACAGCGCCGGCUUGCAUCCAGCUUGCAUUUCCACAGAAUAAUCAAAACCAGACCGUGGUGCAGGCCAAAGCAGUUCAGAACACAGUCAGAUCACUGACUGUUCCAAGUGCCUCUGGUAGCCUUCCACAAACAACUUCCGCUCCAGUUGUUACUGCGUCACAUGUUACUCUGGUAUCUAGUAAUAUUCCUGUAGGUCAGAAUACUGUUAAUAUUCAGCCAUCACCCUCACAGCCUAUCAUUGUUUCCCAUAGACUUCCUCUUAAUCAGCCUGUUGGGGCUGGAGCUAUUCCUCUUAAUCAUUCUGUUGGGACCCUAAAUAGAACUGUGGCCCCUGCAGUUCUUCCACUUAAUCAACCUGUCAGGCCUGGCCUCUUUCCUAUUAAUCAGCCUAUUGGUACUAUAAAUAGUCCAGUUGCAGCUGGACCUCUACCUGUUGCUCAACCUGUUAGCCCUGUAAAUCAGCCUGUUGCGCCAGGAGUUCUCUCUGUGAACCAGUCGCUUGGGAAUGUGAAUAGACCCCUUGGUCAUGCAGUCCUUCCUGUGACCCAGACAGUUACCUCUGGGGUUCUCCAGCUUAAUCAGCCUGUUGCAUCUGGAGUUGUUCCUGUUAGACAGCCUGUCAGGCCUGGAUUUCUUCAGCUUAAUCAACCUGUUGCUCCAGGAGUUAUCCCUGUAAAUCAGCCAGUUAGACCUGCCAUUUCUCAAAACACAGCUUUUCUAACUGCAGGUCCUAUACUUAGACAGUUGAUUCCAACUGGUAAGCAGGUUAAUGGGAUACCUACAUACACGCUUGCCCCAGUUUCAGUUACUUUGCCUGUGCCUCCUGGUGGUGGUGUAGCAACUGUUACACCACCACAAAUGCCCAUCCAGCUAAUGCAGUCUGGGACAGUAACUCAACUAUCUCAGUCACCAGCUAGUGCACCCUCUCCUCCAGUGGUUUUAGCUUCUCAGAAUAUAUCUUUACAGACUUCUCCACCUGAUCCUGCAACAAAUCAAGCUAUCAAACAGGCUAAGCAGUGGAAGACUUGCCCUGUUUGCAAUGAGCUUUUCCCAUCAAAUGUCUACCAGGUGCACAUGGAGGUGGCUCACAAACAUGGUAAAAUAAAAACCGAGGAAAACCUGGAGCCUGACAAACUUGCAGCUUGCGCACCCUUUUUAAGGUGGAUGACAGAAAAGACUGUCCGGUGUUUCUCUUGUAAAUGUUUUCUGUGUGAGGAAGAGCUUAUGAAACAUCUCUUGAUGCAUGGUUUAGCUUGCUUGUUUUGCACACUCACUUUCCAUGACUUAAAAAGCCUUGUGGAGCACAAUAAAACUACACAUAAUGGGAAAAAGAAGUUACAUGCAGAUUACAGCAACAGAGGAUUUCAACUAGAUAAUGAUGCUCAGGGUGACCUUGUAUUUCCACACUUUGAUUUCAGUACGGUGUUACCAGAUGAAGACAUUGGUGAAAAAGAAGUACAUCUGGCAGUGCUUGCUGGAGUAAAUUCAAGGACCCUUGUCCCUGUUUACAUCAAAGUGAAACCUCAGACAGUGGAAGUGAACAAUAGAUGCAAGAAAAAAGUGUUAACAUGUCCCUUUUGUUUUGGUACCUUUGUUAGUAAAGAAGCCUAUGAAAUGCAUUUGAAAGAGAGGCAUCAUAUAAUGCCAACUGUACAUACAAUUUUAAAGUCUCCUGCUUUCAAGUGCAUCCACUGCUGUGGAGUGUACACUGGAAACAUGACUCUAACAGCUAUUGCUGUACACCUGCUCCGUUGUAGAAGUGCUCCCAAAGACAGCAACUCAAGUGUGAAGAUGCAGCUUGAGCGCACUGAGAAGAAAGAGCUACUGUUUGUGAAUGGUGAAAAGCAUGAGUCUGUGAUGCUUAAAAGAAAACAAGCUGAUACCUGCUUUGUUGCAGAAGACCAAAGGAAUAAAGAACAGCAGCCUCAAAGCUUAAGUACUGGCAUAGCUCUAUCUUCAGAAAAAGAAGUGAAUUCAGGGGUAGUGCCUUUCAAGCGACAAAAGUCUAAUACUAGGACAGAGAUGAAGAAACUUUAUUCUAGUGAGGAUCUUCGCAUUCUAGCAGUAGAUCCUAAACAGUAUGAAUACAAUUCAUAUGAGGCUCAAAAACAGUUUUUGACGGAUUACUUUCACAAGAGGCCAUAUCCUACUAAAAAAGAGAUGGAGUUGCUAUCCUCACUGCUGUAUGCAUCAAAAAUUGAUGUUGCAUCCUUCUUUGGAAAAAGGAGGAAUAUAUGCUUAAAGGCGAUACAAAACCACAAACCAUCUGUGCUGCUGGGUUUCAGUGUGUCUGAACUAAAAAAUAUUAAGCACAGUUUGAAUUUAAAAGAUGAACCAUUAAAUAUGUAAGAGGUUUUUAAAACAACUAAAAGCAAUCUGUAAUUGCAUACUUAUCAGUUUAGCAAUUUAUUGUACUUGAGUUAUUUGUUUUAACUUGCAGACUGGCCUGUUGAAGGGUUACAGUAGUAUAAAGGUCUCGUUCAGUUGUGCUGUUAUUGUGAAAGGCACACACAGUUGUGUAUUUGAAAAAGCUAAAACCUUCAGAUUUACACUUCUGGAAUUUGUUUUAGCUUUUUACAUUUCCUGGAGUAGAUUUCUUGUUUUGUUUUGUGUUUUUUUUCCUUCUUUCCCUUCAGCCUCCCAUUAGACUUUUUAUACCACCAUGUAAAACAUUUGUCCUGUUUAAAACAAAUUUUAUUUUUUUCUGCAAUGUCAACAUCUUUUUUUAAACAAUAAAAUGUAUAAUGUUGGUUAAAACACUGAGGUAAACUAGAUGGAAAAACAUCUAUUUGAUUUAUUUGUGGUUUUUAACUCUCCUAUUUUUUGUUUUUUUUCCUUAUUUUCUUUUCAUCCGCUGGAGAAAGCGGUUGUAGCCUUUACAUCCAUUCCUCCUUCCCUUGCCCCCGCCUCAACAUUUUGGAUGCGCUGGUAGCAAUAAAAUACUUGCCAGUCUUUUUUUUUUUUUUUUUUUUUUUUUUUUUUUCCUCCAAUCGUAAUACCUUUGCCAGUUAAAUCUGAUGACUUGUAAUAUCUAACUAGCACUAAUAUGGUGGGCAUUCUGCUGGGGGCAGGAGAAGGCCUUUUAAACUGCUAUAGUUAACUGACUUGAAAUGGAUGUGUUUAUUAUUUGUUAAAUAGGUUUGCUAAACAGAAGUAUUAACUCCUUUUGUUGGUGUUGAAACCUGGUUGUUUAAAUAUCUGUUGUUCAAAGCAGUAGCAUUGGUUCUUAUUUCCAAAAGCAAAAACGCUCUGGAGGGCGUCGCAUUGCUUUGAUACGUGGAAUACAUGACUUUCAUGCACAUACCUUCUCUGUAGAAGCCCUAUCCAAUAGUCACUGAAGCUUGGGGGAAAUAUUUAUAUAAUUUCAGUUGAUAUUGCAUAAGGUACUAACUGAGCAGCCCAUCCUCCGUAACAGAUUAGUUACGUGGCUUGAACUCCUGUCACAGUCAGACACUAUGCAAGCUAAAACUGGAUGAGUUGUUAACGUCAACACUUUCAACUGGCGCUUACCCAAACCGAUGAUACUCAUAUACAGAUGACAAGUUUUUACUGCCAUUAUAGAAAGUAUAAGAAUUGUGUAAAAACAGAGUAGAUUAUAUUGUGCAAUGCAAGCUAGCAUUCAUAUUAGGGAUUAUAUCCAAAAUUGCCACUUUAAGUUGAUCAAAAAGUUAAUUUGAGUUGGUGAACAAACUGUAUAAAUUAGUGGCGGACAUAAUCGGGCCUUGUUUAGUACUAUUUGUUUUUCCUGGUUAUGGUCAGUUUCAGUUGGUUUGUAAAUAUUGCCUCAAAAUUCAUUAGCAGGUGGUUAACACUUGUAAUAAGCAACCUAAAUUAUACAUGAUACUUUUUCUUCCUGUUUCCCAUAACCCCACCUCUCCUAGAAGAAGAAAGAGGAAGCUGUUCUAUCAGUUAACUUGUGCCAGCAUUAUAAGGGAAGGGUAAUGCGCCCCCAAGUUUCUGGUUUUUUAAUUCUUUUUAAAGUGGUAAACAUAUUUUGUCCUAUGCAAUAGAGGUUUCUAAAACAGAUAAAGAUUUUGUGUGUGUCCAUGUGCUGUUUCUGAAAGGACAUGAUGUUUUUAACAGUUUGCUGCCUGUUCACCUGAGGUUCUAUAAACUAUUUAAAAUUUUAUUUUGGAUACAA